AUGAAAGCUCACCACCACAGCAUCUUUGCCCUCGCCGGCUGGGGUGCAUACUACAUCCCUUGGUAUUAUCACAAUGUCAUCCAGAAGCCCUACCACAAUUUCCCCGAACCCGUCGCAAAGAAACUCCGCCGAGCGAUAUUCUACAGCAGAGGGCAACACCUAGACAUCAGAGAGGCGAACAAGUACUUUCGCCAAGCGCUGCAACUGGCCACCGAAAUGGGCAUGGAUCCGUUCAGCGACGAGAUUAUGGGCGUCAAGUAUGCCAUCGCGGCUCUUUUUGAAGAACAAGGCUAUCAUGCCAUGGCAUGCGACGUGUUGGAGAUCAUGCGUGCCGACACCCAACGCUGGAUUGACGAGUUCAGCGACAAGCAUGUUGAAGAUGGCGACCGGUCACGCGUCAAGAAGAACAUGGUGCAGAUCAAUCUCAAGCUUGGGCAACUAUACGACUGCCCAUAUGUAAACGAACCGAAGGAUGCCGAAAAGCGCCUAAUAGAUGCUGUAGAACGCACAUUGGGGGAGCUGCAGCGACGUGAGAAAGAAGGCGUCAAGCAAGGAGAAGGCGAUUGGAUGACCAACGAGGAGAUAGGUGCUACGCUAGAAGCACUCGGCCAGCAUUACGAACAGAACGACUCGCACUACCUCGCCUUACCGCUCUUCCUGCGAGCGCUUGAGCUCUGUCCACCCACGUCAUGUCACGGCGUCGUGCUAAUGAACAACAUCUCCACAUGUCUCGCCCAGCAGACACCGCCACCCGCUUCGCUGACUUCGUCGUCACUGUCCUCCUUCCCAAGCACACCGGCGCCCCCGCGCACCGCACUUGUAGACCAAGCACGCCAAUGGGCAGACAAAGCGCUUCAACGAGCGGGCUCGAUUACGGACCCAGAUGAGGAGUGUAACAUUGGAUGCGCUGUGGCUACACAUAAUCUUGGAGAAUUUUACGAGAUGGAAGGCAAGAUACAGGACGCGCGACGGAAAUACAAGGACGCUGAGCAACUUGCAAAGAAGAUCAGCUUCCGGGAGGGACAGGCCAAUGCUAAAGCAGGCAUCGAAAGGUUAAAAGAGCUAGAGAAGGCUCAACAAUAA